UCCCACAUUUCACAGUCAUGCAAAGAAAAAGACAGCCCUGAAGAAGAAAGAAGAAGAAAGAAGAAGAAAGAAAGAAGAAGAUCAAAGUUAGUAGAUCCCACCCGCCGCGGAAACACAAGAGAUCUCACCAACCAUUCAACCCAUCUAUCUAGAUUCUCGAAUUCCUUCGCCCCAAUUCACUCCUGUUUCGAGAUUUUAGGGCGACCCUUACUUACUAUGCGUGCAUUCAACAUCAGCCUUACUGAUUCCGGCAUUCUCAACGGAAACCCAACUUGAAUUGGAUGCUCCAAGCUUCCAUGGAAUCGAUCUGGGUCGAUAACGCUGGACCCUCAAUCUUUCAUUUACUGUGGGCGAUAUGUUUUGCCAUUGCCUUUGUCAUCGCAAGGUUCUUGCUUGAUAGAUAUGUCUUUCGGGGUCUGGCAAUUUGGCUACUGAGUAAGGGUUCAGAGCAAUUCAAGCUUAACGAGGCUACACAAGCUAAGAUAGUUAAAUGUUCAGAGUCAAUGUGGAAGCUGACUUACUAUGCUACUAUUGAAACCUGUAUUCUGAGCAUUUCAUAUAAUCAACCAUGGAUUUCAGGUGGAAAGGAAUACUUCAGAGGCUGGCCCAAUCAAGAAUUGAAGACUCCUCUCAAGCUUUUCUAUUUGUGCCAAUGUGGAUUCUAUAUGUAUAGCAUUGCUGCUCUCCUUACAUGGGAAACUAGGAGAAAGGAUUUUGCAGUUAUGAUGUCUCAUCAUGUGGUUACUGUUAUUUUGAUCGGUUAUUCAUACAUCUUAAGGUUCUUACGAAUUGGCUCUGUCAUCCUUGCCCUUCAUGAUGCAAGUGAUGUAUUCCUGGAAGCUGCUAAAGUGUUCAAAUACUCAGAGAAUGAACUUGGAGCAAGUGCCUGUUUUGGCCUUUUCGCAUUAUCAUGGCUUGUACUCCGGCUCAUAUUCUUUCCAUUCUGUGUAAUAAAAUCAUCGAGCUACGAUCUUAUCGAGGUAUUGGAUCCAUCGAGUGUAGGCGAUGCAGCAGUAUACUACGUUUUCAAUACAAUGUUGCUGACACUGCUUGCCUUCCAUAUUUACUGGUGGAUUCUCAUUUACUCGAUGAUCAUGAAACAAUUGAAAAAUAGAGGACAGGUCGGAGAGGAUAUACGAUCUGAUUCAGAAGAUGAUGAUUGAUGAUUAAUUAUAGUGCAAUUGUAUAAGCGAGCGUUGGAUUAGAUUCCUUUGUCGAUGAUCUAUUCCUUCGGUUAAUGCUGCUCUUCUUCCCCUAUUCUUCAGAGUUGUUUUCUUAUUUUUACCAUUUUAAUGAUGUAAAAGUAAUAGGGUUACAUUAAUAUUGGUUGGUUGGUUAGAGUGAAAAGGAAACAGUUUAAAAGAAAUUGAUGUUGGUUAUUUAGUGUU